GUAAUUCACUUGAAAAAAUCUCCGCCUCGCUCUCUCCUCCUUCUUCCCCGUGUUGCAGGGCCCCACCAUCCCUGACUUGCGUUACUCUUCGCCUCCUGCCUUUGCGCGCCCGUUUGCUCCCCUCCCCCUCUCCCUCCCUCGUUCUUCUCGCCCCGUUUCCCUUCUUCUUCUUCUUCCUCGGCCUCUGGCAGGUCCAUCGGUCGAUCGAUCGAUCGAGAUAUCCGUCUCCACGACCCUCUCUUCAGAUAAAUCUCCGUCCGCUGGUUUCCUGAAUUCCACCACAUUGAUCGCUAGAUUUGCAGAGGAGGAGGGAGAAGAAGAGGAAGCCGGAAAGGGAAAUCAUUGAUAUAGAGAGGAGGAGACAGUUGAAGGAGGGGAAAAAGGAAAGGGGUUAGGGUUCGGAGAGGGAGGAGGCACCGACAGAGAGAGAGAGAUGGGGAAGGGGGGAUCGAUGAACGAGAGCGUUCUGAGGAAGAUCCUGCUGAGCUAUGCGUACGUGGGGAUCUGGAUCUUCCUGAGCUUCACCGUCAUCGUCUACAACAAGUACAUCCUCGACAGGAAGCUCUAUGGGUGGCCCUUCCCCAUCAGCCUGACGCUCAUCCACAUGGCCUUCUGCUCCACCCUCGCCGUCAUCCUCGUCCGCGUCCUCCGCCUCGUCGAGCCCAUCGGCAUGACCCGGGAGCUAUACGUUUCCUCCGUGCUCCCCAUCGGAGCCCUUUACUCCCUCUCCCUCUGGUUCUCCAACUCCGCCUACAUCUACCUCUCCGUCUCCUUCAUCCAGAUGCUCAAGGCCCUCAUGCCGGUCGCCGUCUACUCCCUUGGCGUUGCCUUCAAGAAGGAGAAUUUCAAGUCUGAAGUCAUGCUUAACAUGCUCGCCAUUUCCACCGGCGUCGCCAUCGCUGCCUACGGUGAGGCCCGCUUCGAUGUCUGGGGCGUCGUCCUCCAGUUGGGCGCCGUCGCCUUCGAGGCCACCCGCCUCGUCCUCAUCCAGAUCCUCCUCACCUCCAAGGGCAUCACCCUCAAUCCUAUCACCUCCCUCUACUACGUCGCCCCCUGCUGCUUCCUUUUCCUCCUCGUCCCUUGGAUCUUCGUCGAACUCCCAGUCCUCCGCCAGACAUCCAGCUUCCACUUCGACUACUUCAUUUUCGGCACCAACUCCAUCUGCGCCUUCGCCCUCAACCUCGCCGUUUUCCUUCUCAUCGGAAAGACGUCUGCUCUCACCAUGAACGUCGCCGGCGUCGUCAAGGACUGGCUCCUCAUUGCCUUCUCCUGGUCCGUCAUCCGCGACGCCGUCACAACCGUCAACCUCGUCGGCUACGGACUCGCUUUUCUCGGCGUGGCCUACUAUAACCACUCCAAGCUGCAGGCUCUCAAAAUGAAGGAGGCGCAGAAGAAGAGCGCGCAGGCCGAUGAGGAGUCGGGCUUGCUGAUGGAGCAAAGAUCCGAGAGAGAGGCCAGCGAUGGCGGUAGUGGCAGAAAGAACACCGAUUCGCAGGCUUGAGAUCGCGCGUCGCAGUAUCUCAUGGAUCGCAUUGAAUUGAAGGAUCACUUUCUUUUUCCUUUUUUUUUGGCUCCUUUUUCGUGGUUACGAUCCCUUUUUUAUUUUGGUUGUUCAUGUUGUUUUGGGUAUUUUAUAAUUUUAAUGGACAAGCAGAGCAUAAUUUGGUGGUCUAGUUUCUAAACAGAUUUAUCGAUUAUGAAGUAGGGUUGAUACAUGCUCAGUAUCUAUUACUGGUUGUUGGCACGGAUGGUGGGUGCUGAAAAUGACAUCGGAGUUCUUGAUCAUGAUUUUUACUGGAUGGCGGUUAGUUUUUAGAUUAUCAAGUGAGAAACCAUUAGGCAGCUUUCCAGAUCUGGGAUAUGAAAGACGGGAAGGGUGGUUGUGCAUUGGUAGGAAGAGGUCGGCAUGCCGAUUCGUUAUGAUGGUGCUCAGAAUUGAUGUAUCAGAUCCAUCGUCUUCAGUUUCUGUCAAGCUGGCCAUUGCGAUUCCCGUGGCAAGGCAUUUCUUCCUUUUGUUUAACUGGUAUAUCAGAAUCUUUGUAGACACCUGUUUGAGGCUGUUCUUUGAUAAGUGCUAAGACUAAAUUUUAUUCGGUAUAAAUGAAUCUAUUUGCCACA